CUACCACUUGCCUUGAACUUCCCCGCGCAGCUGUCUUUCAAAAUAAUGAAUGGGGAUAGUGUCAGCAAAAGAUUGCAGAAGGAAUUAAUGGAGUUGCUAAUGUCUAACGACAAAAGCGUGACGGCAUUUCCAGAUGGCGAAAAUCUCACUCGUUGGCUAGCGUCUAUACGUGGUCCUGAUGGAACGGUAUAUGAAGGUCAGCAAUACAAACUUUCACUUGAGUUUGGCCCUAACUAUCCAUACAGUCCUCCAAAUGUGCGUUUUGUUUCGAAAUGUUAUCAUCCUAAUGUUGAUACUCGUGGAGUAAUAUGCUUAGAUAUUCUGAAAGAAAUGUGGUCUCCUUUACUGACUGUAGAAAAUCUUCUGUUAUCCAUUCGAAGUUUAUUAGCAGAACCCAAUAAUGAUAGUCCUUUAAAUGGGCAGGCAGCCCAACUCUGGUCUAAUCCUUCUGCAUUCCGUGCUGAAAUGAUGAAAUUUCAAGCAUCAUCUUCCAACAGCUAGUCUAUGUAAAUAUUUCAGUGUCUGGCUAUUGUGUACAGUCAAAUUUCCUCCUUAAUGGUCUACAAACUUUUGUACUAUCCAUUCUCUUUCCCUCUAUUUUCUAGUUUCUAUAUUCUACCUAAAUCCAUGUAUUUAUCCAAACGCAAGGCAUACUCAAAAGACUCGCGUAUAAAUAUUAUAUACAUACAAAAUAAAAUGUUCUAUGAAACACUA